AUGAGUGGUCAGGAGGUGCCUACCAAUCCUGCGCAGGAGCAGGUUGACACGGGGGAUGGAGUCUCAGAUGGCCCCACCACUACCCCAACCACCACCGCCACCCUCACUGUCCCGGUCAUGAUAAAGAAGGAGCCUUGCACGCAGGGGGCCAGUAACGGGAAAGAUGUGCCUGCCGAGAUCUGUGUGGUCCUCGGUGGAGGAGGAGGAAGGUCUCGCAAUGACCAGACUCAGGGUACGACCCCCUAACACGUCACCUCCCACUCCACACACAAUGCGCAGGUUCAUUUUGCAUCACCCUCUGUGCUAGGUUGGUGGAGUUUGCACAAUUUAGACCAUAAUGCAAAAUGGCUGACGCAAAACGAACAAACCAACUCUGUAGGAAAGAAGACCUCCUUUCAACGCCUAUGUACCUGUCAUUUUACCUUCUCCCUCUACAUCUGCGCUCUUCCAAACCUGUGCACCUGCAUCCAGCCGUUCAAAUGUUCUCAUCUCAAUUGCUAAAUUUUUACCUACUCCCAACAUCUGGGUUCAUUACACAAACCUGUUUUGCACCUGUCUUCAGCUACACACUGGCCUCUGAAGUUGAACAUUAACCAUCUCAGCUGGAAUGUGCAGUGCCUUCAGAAAGUAUUCAUACCCCUUGACUUAUUCCACAUUUUGUUGUUACAGCCUGAAUUCAAAAUUGAUUAAAUUGAUUUAUUUUUUCCUCACCUAUCUUCACACAAUACCCCAUAAUGACAGCGAAACAUGAUUGGUGGACUCCAAGUUGUAGCGACGUCUCAAGGAAGUUCAAAGGAAAUUGGAUUCACCUGAGCUCCAAUUUGGAGUGGCAUAGCAAAGGGGUGUGAAUACUUUAUGUAAAUGAGAGAUUUCUGUAUUUUAAUAAAUUAGCAAACAUUUCACAAACUCAAUGGAGAAUCUCCAUUGAAAAUGAUUUGAAGUCCAGAACUAGGCUUAAUCUGUGCCCGGGAAAUCACCCAAGUGUUUAGGUAUGAUGUUGUUACACAGAGAGAGAUACAUUUAUUGGCCAGUUUAUUAGGUGUACACAUCUACAUACUUUUUUUUACAUUUUUAGUCAUUUAGCAGACGCUCUUAUCUAGAGCGACUUACAGUUAGUGAGUGCGUACAUUUUCAUACUGGCCCCCCGUGGGAAAUGAACCCACAACCCUGGCGUUGCGAGCGCCAUGCUCUACCAACUGAGCUACAGGGGACUAGUACUGGGUCGGACCUCCCUUUGCCUCUAGAACAGCCUGAAUUCUUCAGGGCAUGGAAAUGUUGCUCAAUUGGUAUCAAGGGACCUAAUGUGUGGAAAAUAUUCUCCACACCAUUACACCACCAGCCUGUACCGUUGACACCAGGCAGGAUGGGGUCUUGGACUCAUGCUGCUUAUGCCAAAUCUUGACUCUGCCAUCAGCACGAUGCAACAGGAACCGGGAUUCGUCGGACCAGGCAAUGUUUUUCUGCUGCUCAAUUGUCCAGUGUGUCCACUGGAGCCGCUUCUUCUUGUUUUUAGCUGACAGGAGUGGAACCCGGUGUGGUUGCCUGCUGCAAUAGCCCAUCCGUGACAAGGACCGACGAGUUGUGCCAUCCAAGAUGCCGUUCUGCACACCACUGAUGUACUGCACCGUUAUUUGCCUGUUUGUGGCCUGCCUGUUAGCUUGCAUGAUUCUUGCCAUUCUCCUUCAUCCUCUCAUCAACGAGCUGUUUUCGCCCACAGGACUGCCGCUGACUGGAUGUUUUUUGUUUGUCGCACCAUUCUCGAUAAACCCUAGACACUGUCGUGCGUGAAAAGCCCAGGAGGCCGGCAGUUUCUGAGAUACUGGAACCGGUGCACCUGGCACCGACGAUCAUACCACGCUCAGUCGCUUAGGUCACUUAUUUUGCCCAUUCUAACGUUCAAUCGAACAGUAACUGGAUGCCUCAUCGUGACUCACUGUCUGUAGGAGCGAACCAUUUUUGUGAAUGGGGUGGUGUACCUAAUAAACUGGUCACUGAGUGCAUGUUCUAUAUAUUGUUACAGACCAAUGAUAUCAAUGCAGUCAACUAUUGCAGCAUUUUCAGUCCUCUCUAUAUUUACUUUCCUCUGUCACACAGGCUCCUAUGUUUGUGGGAUAUGUGGGAAGAAGUACAAGUACUACAACUGCUUUCAGACGCACGUCCGUGCCCACAGAGGUAAGGAAGGCCUGCCCUGA